AAGAAUGACACUAUUGGCAAAGCAGACGUUGUCGUUCAGUGUUUUCCACUGUUUUGCGAGUUGUCUCAUUUAGGUUUGUAGAAUCCUCAAGAUAUCAAUUGAAAAACAGAUAUUAGAAGCAAUAGAAACAUCAGGCAUUUGAAAAAUCUCUGAACAAUGGCAGCCCAACUACUAUGUGAUGUUCGCGUGAAGUUCGUGGAGAAAGUGACUACACCCGUACUCAAGCAAUUGUUGGACGACCUUAAUGACGACCGUGUCUUGAAUGAAGAAGAGAUGGAAUCUGUAUUUGAAGAAAACAAGGCGAGGGCGGACAGAGCUCGCUGUUUAAUUGAUAUGGUUCGGAAGAAGGGGAACAAAUCCUCGGAAAGAAUGAUCAAACGAAUCCAGGAGAGAGACGAAAAUCUGUACGGGGAGCUGUCAUUGAGUGUAAUGGCCUCAGGGACUACUGCCCCAGCGGCCCCAGCACCACUAUCCCAGGUGUCAAAUCCAGAUGAGUCCCCUGUGUCAGAGGUCCUUCUUCUCAGCUCAGCACAAUUCAGAUCACAGAAACUUAUGGAAGGGGACAGGAUCUACAAGCCUCUGGACAAGCCAGGAAGGAAGCGGUUGGCGCUAAUCAUUAACAAUGUUAAGUUUGACUGUAAGGGGAUGCUGAGACGAGGGGCGGAUAAAGAUGAGGAGAGAAUGGAAACACUACUUAAGGGCCUAGGAUAUGAAGUAGUGAAACACAGAGACCUCUCUGGUGAGGAGAUGGACAAAGCCAUGAAAGAAUUUUCAAAACGCAAGGAGCACGCUGAAUCUGACAGCACCUUUGUUGUAAUAAUGUCACAUGGGAAGAGGGACACCAUUUUGGGUGUGCAUUGGAAUAAAGACACCCCUGAUGUUUUCUCCAUUGAUAACGUUUACAGCUACCUGAACACCCAAGGCUGUCCUGGAUUAUGCAACAAACCAAAGGUUAUUCUUAUUCAGGCCUGCAGAGGAGGUGAAGAAGGAUGUGUUUGGAUGUCUGAUGGCAUUCAGGAUGACAGUACCGGCAUUGAGAGUGAUGACCACAGGGCACACAAGGAGAAAGAUUUCAUCUCCCUCCUUUCCUGCACACCUGACACAAAAUCCUACAGGCAUGUGGAGAAUGGCACUUUUUUUGUUCAGUACCUUGUGCAGGAGUUCAACACUCAUGCUCAUCAGGACCACGUAGAAGAAUUGUUCACAAGGGUUAUGAGACGUUUUGAGGAGUUUCCCAGACAAAUGGUGUGCAAAGACAGGACCACCCUCUCAAGGCACUUCUACCUGUUCCCAGGGCACUAAAACAAGAGUAUUCUUUGGCAUCAAAUCUGAGAAGAUUUUUCUCAGAUUUUCAAAAACAUGUUGCCUUAGGUUACUAUUACAUUUAUAAUAUAUCAACACCAUGACACCAUUAUUAUAAUACAGUUAUUGACUGAUUAUACAUGAAACAGCAUUUUACAGAAAUAAAUGGCCUAAAAGGAUAGAUGACCAAUGGUACUAUCAGGGAUUUGCUCUUGAAUGUGAAUGUUUUUUUAAUUGUUUUUUACCAUGCAUCCCAAUGAUGAUGGAAAAAAAAGGAAUUUUAUAGGAGUAAUUUGUAGUGCUGUGGGCCACACAGUAUUCAGUAUGACUAUUUUUGAUAAUCUUGGUUAAAGGUGACGGGUUUUAUGCUUUAUGUCUUUUUCAUCUUUAAAAAAAAUCAUACAAAUGUUAGCUUGAACAGGUAAAACACAUUGAAUUACCUCCUGUGUAUAAAAUGUAGCCUACUAUAUAAAUAAACUGGCUUUGCCCUGUCUUGAACAUUAAA